AUGCGCCUCCUCCCUCUCUUCUCCGCCGGCGCACUGGCCGUCUCCGUCCCCCAGCCAUGCCUCUCCUCUAACGCGGCCGCGCUCGCCCAACGCGCCAACUGCCCCGACCAGGCCCACCUCACAUCCUGCCUCCAGUCCCUGCCCAGGGCCGCCGAGAUUGACGACGUCUCCGAGUGCCUGCUCGCCGCCGGCUGCGCAGACGCCGUCCAGCAGGCCGACAUCCUCGCCAAGGAGUGCGCCCUCCUCUUCCCUACCAACGCCGACCUGCGCCGCAAGAGGGCCGUCGUCGACGAGCCCGCCGCCACCUUCGCCCCGCGCGACGCCGACGCCGCCUAUCUCGCCGGCACUUCCAUCCCCACGCUCUUCCCUCGCACCGCCAUGAAAGGCGAGGAGUGCUUCACCGUCAAGGACACAAAGACCAAGGAGUGCCAGACCGUGACAAACGGCGGCGUCGAGACCGAGACGGACUGCUCCACCAUCACCACCACCACCUCCGUCUGCGCCGAGGACAAGACCUGCUCGCUCGACAAGUCGGGACACACGGUGUGCAUGAACCUGCAGAACUCGCUCGACGCCGCCGGCAUCGUCAUCGCCAUUGUCUUCGGCGUGCUCGCCAUCAGCGGCGUCGGCACCCUGACCUUUUUGUGCUGCAAGGACCGCAAGGAGCAGAAGCGUCUGCUCGCCAAGGCCGAGGCCACGGCCCUCGUCCGCGCCGCCACCAAGAAGAAGAAGGCCGACGAGGCCCGCGAGCAGCGUGCGCCCCUCAUGGCCCAGCAGCGUGCGCGGGACGCCAGUACCGGCAGCACCGACCCCUUUGCUGACCGGAACCGUUCUUAG